AUGGUGUGUACUAGACCCGAUAUUGCUCAUGCAGUUGGAGUUGUGAGUAGGUACACGAAUAAUCCAGGAAAGCAACAUUGGGAGGUUGUGAAGUGGAACAUGAGAUAUCUUCGGGGUACUACUGAUAUGUCUCUUUGUUUCAAGAGAGGUAGUGUUGAACUACAAGGAUAUGUUGAUGCAGACUUGGCAGGAGAUGAUGAUACUUGUCGGAGUACUACUGGUUAUGUGUACACUGUGGGUGGUGCUGCAGUACCUUGGGUCUCAAAUUUGCAAGGGCAAGUGGCCCUGUCUACAACAGAGUCCGAGUAUGUAGCAGUCUCAGAGGCUGGUAAGGAGAUGGCGUGGCUAAAGAGUCUGUUGGAGGAAUUGGGUAAAAAGCAAGAGAAUUGUGCAUUGUACAGUGAUAGUCAAAGUGCAAUUCACUUGGCAAAGAACCCUGCUUUUCAUUCAAGGACUAAACACAUUCCUAUGAAGUAUCACUACAUACGAGAACUCGUGGAGAAUGAAGUGCUGCAAUUGUUGAAGAUUCAAGGAAGUGAGAAUCCUGCUGAUAUGUUGACUAAGUCUGUAUCAAUAAAAGUAGGAGUAGUUGGAUCUGAAGGUGUGUUUCGCUUCACCGGAAUAUACGGCGUCGCUACUACGGCAAAUCGCAGUACUACGUGGAAUCUGCUCAGAACCCUAGCAGCUCAGGUUAAUCUCACAUGGCUCAUUGCGGGAGACUUUAAUGAAAUCUUGUGUUUGGAUGACAAGUCUGGUGAUCCGGCUCGCAGUGCAGCUCAGAUGUCUCGAUUCCGUCAAGCUUUGGUGGACUGUGUCAAUCCUGAGAGGCCUAUGGGACGACGCACCACCUGGAGGUUUCGCUUUGAAGAAAUGUGGCUAACUCACUCUGAUUGUGGGAAUAUUGUGAAGAAAGGCUGGAUGUUGCCUUCUACUGGAGGGUCUAUGGCUCAGGUUGGUCGGAUGAUCCAUCAAACGGGUAACCUGCUUCUUAAUUGGAAUGAAGGAGUGUUCCAGCAACGUCAAGUUGAGAUGAAGCUCAUUCAGACUAAAUUGGCAGUGUUAAUGAAAAAGGCUCACCAGGACUCCCAUUUUGACGAACUAAAAGCUCUUCAAGUUAGGAGAGCCUCUAAUAGAAGAUGUAGAAACCGUGUCAAGGGUUUGGUGAAGGAGGAUGGGAAGUGGACCAAUGAACCAAGUGAAGUGACGGACAUCUUAGUUCGAUAUUAUGAGGAUAUUUUUCAUGCCGAAAGUUCUGAUCCUUUGGCUACCGAUAUGGUACUUGAUUGUAUCCAACCUCGAGUCACUGAGAGUAUGAAUGCUGCACUCAUGGCCCCUUACUCGGAUGAUGAGAUUAAACGGGCCUUAUUCCAGAUGCAACCUUCGAAAUCUCCGGGACCGGAUGGUAUGUCUCCCUGUUUUUUCCAGAAGUUUUGGGAGGUGGUAGAGUUUGAUGUCUGCAAGGCAGUUAGAGAAGUACUCAAUACUGGACUGAUUUCCCAAGAGUCUAAUUUCACCCACCUUGUCUUGAUUCCGAAAGUUAAAGAGGUAAAACUAGCAUCGGACUUACGACCGAUUGCUCUUUGUAAUGUGGUCUACAAGAUUGCUUCAAAGGUGCUGGCUAACAGGUUGAAACAGUUCCUUCCAGAUAUUAUUUCUCCACUUCAGAGUGCGUUUGUUCUCGGUCGCCUUAUUUCUGAUAACACUCUUGUGGCUACUGAGGUAGCACAUUUUAUGAAAAAGCUUCGAAGACAGGCGGACGGAUUCUUUUCAUUGAAGUUAGAUAUCUCUAAGGCCUAUGAUAGGCUAGAGUGGAGUUUUUUGGAGGCUAUGUUGGUGAAACUAGGUUUUGCCCGAACCUGGGUGGAUGUUAUAUUAGCUACUGUCAAGUCUGUAAGUUACUCUAUCCUUAUUAAUGGUAACCCUACUGGUUUUAUUCUGCCAACUAGGGGUAUAAGGCAAGGGGAUCCCCUCUCCCCGUAUUUGUUUAUCUUAUGUGCAGAAGGCCUUUCUGCGUUAAUUUCUUCUAGUGUUCAGAAUGGGGUUCUCAGGGGACUCACUAUGUCACCUUCUGCUCCAACCAUACACCACUUAUUGUUUGCGGAUGAUAGCUUUCUAUUCGGAGAAGCUUCUGCUAGAGAGUGUCAGGCUGUUAAGAAUAUUCUCUCCAUUUAUGCCAGGGCUUCAGGACAAAAGAUUAACCUAGAGAAGUCUAGUGUGGUGUUUAGUGGUAAUGUGGAUUUACAUUCACAGAAUCACUUGGCGGCCAUUCUUGGUGUUAAAUGUGUGAAGGAGCAUGGACUAUACCUUGGUCUACCAAUACAUGUGGGGCAUAAUAAAACAGCCAUCUUUGCUUAUUUGAAGGAAAGACUCACCAAGAAAUUGAUAAGUUGGCGAUCGAAGAUACUUAGUACAGGAGGGAAAGAGCUUCUUCUCAAAGUUGCUGCUCAAGCUCUUCCGAACUAUGUCAUGAAUUGUUAUCUACUUCCCAAGUCCCUUUGUGAUGACCUUCAACAACUCUGUGCCCAAUUUUUUUGGGGAAGCACUGAUGAGAAAAGGAAGAUUCAUUGGAGGUCGUGGGAGAGAAUGUGUCUCCCAAAGGAGCAGGGUGGUUUAGGGUUUAAACACCUUUACGCUCAUAAUCUUGCCAUGUUAUCGAAACAAGGGUGGAGACUUUUGUCCAAUCCUACAUCACUGGUCGCUCGUGUUUUCAAGGUUGUCUACUAUCCUAAUGAUUCGUUUCUUACAGCGGAUUUGGGAGAUAGACCUUCCUAUUCGUGUACUGGAUCAUGGGAUUCUGUGGCAGUUCAUGCUUGCUUUACCGCUGAUGUGGCCGCACAUAUUCUGACUAUUCCCUUAAGCAUACGUUUUGGGACAGACAAGAUUGCUUGGAAGUUCGAUAAGAAAGGUUGGUUCUCGGUUAAAUCUGCAUAUAAGGUGGCUUGCUCUUUUUCCAUUGGUCACAUUUUUGCGUCGCCAUCUACUGGAGACCCAUUUGUUCCACUUUGGAAGGCCUUGUGGAAGGCCAAAGUCCCUAAUAAGGUGGCCAUUUUUGGAUGGCGUGCUGCUCAUAAUAUUCUUCCAACUAGGGUUGCCUUGACAGCGAAGGGGUAUACCGGUGAGGUACACUGUGUGGUGUGUUCCCAAGCAGCAGAAACGCUUGAACACCUAUUCUGUAAUUGUUCAAUAGCCCGGGAUAUUUGGAAUGCUCACCCUUUUGUUAUCCCUCCUUCUAAUUUACUGUGGAAGGACUGGUUGUUAACACGGGCUAGUUCCAUGCCCUCAACCCUAUUUGAUAAGCUUCUUGUCCAAAGAUGGAAUCUUUGGAGAAACCGGAAUGACAUUUUAUGGAAAAACCAUUCUCAAUCUAGCUCUUGUCUGGUGGCCAAUGCGUUAGCUUGGUAUGAGGAAUAUCUUCAAGCCAACUUGUGUGGGGGUCCUUCUCAUGGAAGACAACAGUUGAGUAAGCAAUGGGAACCCCCUGUCGGGGAUGUCUUGAAAUUGAAUGUAGAUGGAGCCUAUUUACCCCAAGUUCCCUACGAGGGAACAGGCGGAGUGCUUCGUAAUAUGCAAGGGCAGUUUGUUGCGGCCUUUGUUCAUAGAGUGGAUUAUAUCAGUUCUCCUCUCCAUGCCGAGCUGCUGGCUGUGAAGCAAGGCGUGCAACUCUUGCAAUCCAUGCACGUAACAAGUGCAGUACGUGAUCGAAAGUGA